AUGAAGGAGGCCGCAGAUAAAAUGGAAGUGCUCACUCUGCUGCUCAUGCUCCUCCCCGUUCGUGGAUAUUCAUACGCGUUGCAACCCGUCACCCAGAUAUCUGAGCUGGACAGAGACCACCAGUCAGAGAUGAGGAGUGGGCAUCUGGAUGAUGUUUCAAUACUAAUGGAGGAGAAAGAACACGAGGGAAUCAAAUCAGAGCAGGAACCGAGGAUGGCUCCGGAGACAUUUUCUAAGCCGUUGAAGAAAGAAACGAAAAGAGAAACAUUCUCUGCAAAUUUAGAUUUAGAUGAAGAAGAUAAGAGGAGCGAAGACGGACAUAAUCCGGUGGUUAAAUUGGAGAAAAGAGAGUUCAGUGAGGAGACGGUAAAAGUCCGUGGUGACAUCGCGUGGAUACAAGAGAAUAGGAGAAGUGAUGAAAUGGAUACACUUGACAAAGUGGAAGAGGAAAGAGAGAGCAGGCUGGUGGCGGGAAUCAUUCUUCCUGAAGUCACCCAAGGGGAAAACAUAUUGACUUCAAAUCAAGGAAAAGAGAAAGGAGAAAAUGGAGGGAAGGGAGCUCACACAGUAGUUAAUGAUCUCACACCUCCUCUAAGCACACCCUCUACUCCGCUGGGGGAAGAAUUAAUGAUUCCUGCCGCCAUUCAAAUUAUCACUCAGUCUCAAAAUCCUCCAGGUUCUCCUCCACCAGUUCAUCAUCAUAAUGUCCCUCAAUCACACGUCUCCUCUCGCCCUCCCUCCCCUUACUCCACAGUCAGUCCUCUCUUCUUUCCUCCUCCGCCCAAUCCCACAGCAAUCAAUCACACCUCAGUCUCAACCGAGCUUCCCGGUGAGGCGAAUGAACUGGAGGUCAAGGCCCGCCCCCUGUUAGAGGAUGUCAUGGUCAAGAAUAUAUUGUUUAAACCUGCAUGGCUACAAACCACCGUGGUUCAACCAAAGUACGUAAGUGACUAUAUCCCCAAGGUGCAAGUGGCAACGUUUAUGACCAAAGAGCCAAAUGCUAUGCCGAAAUCAAAUGAAGAUAAUCCCACGGUCGGGCUUAAACCGAGCGUGACUCAGCCCAAAACGGUUCAACUGACGGAGAAUGACACCAAACUAUCAGUGAGGCGGAACAAAGCAUCUCCUCCUCAACCACAACUGCUGACGACUGCCAAAACACCUCCAACGAGGCCGACGAAACUCAACAGAGGUCGUCAAAAUAAGAGCAUUAAGAAGUCCAAGGAAAGGAAAAGGAAAAAGGACAAUAAAACUCCAAAGAAGGAGAAGAAGGGCACCACGCCAACGCACUUUCCUUACUUUAAGGAUAACUACUGUCCUCCAGAAUGCGCCUGCUAUGGAAGAGUGGUCCAGUGCUCGGACAAAGGCGUGGACAAGAUUCCAUAUGGUAUUCCCUACAACUCCCGCUACGUUCUCCUCAUGAAUAACCACAUCGACAGCAUCCAGCUGGACCUGCUCGAUGAAUACGUCUCCAUGGAGUUCCUCGUGUUGAGCAACAACCGGCUCACGGACGGUUCCGCGGAAGGAGCCUUCGAGGGCAUCCCGGCUCUGAAGCGCCUCUACCUGGAUCGGAACCUCCUCGACAGCGUGCCCACUGAUCUGCCAGUUUCUCUGGAGGAGCUUCGUUUGGACAACAACCGUCUGAGUGUGAUGUCCGAGGCCUCCUGGGCCCGGUGCCCCGGCCUCUUGGUGUUGAGCCUCAGCAACAACAGCCUGGGGAACGGAUCGGACUCUCUUCCCAAUGCGGUGCUUUCUCCUUUGCACAACCUGCGCACUCUGAACCUGGACCACAACCAGUUAACAUCGGUUCCUCUGGGCUUACCACUGUCCGUCAAGGAGCUCUACCUCAAAGGGAACCUCAUUGAGCACUUCCGUGGAGGAGCCUUUAAUGGGAUAUCAGAGCUGCUGGUGUUAGAUUUGAGUACAAACAGACUGACAAGCAAGGGCCUUUUCAGGGAGUCCCUUCUCAAUGCGACCCACUUGGAAAGCCUCAACCUCGAGGGGAACAGACUCAAACGAGUGCCACGACACCUUCCCCCCUCACUGAAAACUCUCAAUCUGGAGGGCAACCUCAUGUCUUCCGUGAAGAAGGCGGCUUUCGGCAACUUGAAAAACCUCGAGCACCUGGGUUUAGCGAGAAACAAAAUCCUCAAAGUGGCUCCAGGGGCGUUCAGGACCUUGCCCGUUCUGCACCAGUUGGACCUGUGCCACAACAGGUUGCGUCAGGUGCCCAGACAGCUGCCAGAGGCUCUGCACUCUGUGGCACUCGAUCACAACAAGAUCCAAUCGGUGCCUCGCGACGCUUUCUGCUGGGCCAAUAGAAGUGUGAGUCUCAGCGGGCUUGUGCGAGUGCAUUUGGAACACAAUUUAAUCGAUAUGGGGAAGUUGGACGCGGAAGCUUUCAGGUGCUUACGGGGCUUCCAGGUGGUGCACUUCUACUGAACCUUCAAAAGGAUACGAACAAUCCUGCUGCUCGGUGGACCUGAUGUCAGACAAGGACUGUCAACUUGUCUCGAUUCGAUGGCGGUCAUAUUCAAUUUAAACAUGUUAUUCAGUGCGAUGGAUGUAAAAAAGUAUAUUUUCACAGGGAUCAAAGCAGUGCUUUGCGGUACAUUUGAUUUAUUUAGAACAGAAGUGUUAUCUGUAGUCGUCUCAAUUACUAUCAUUAUUGCUCUUCAGUUCCAGCGCACAGCUGACAACAGCGUUGGCUGAUUGGCUAUUUGUUAUUCCAUCGGUGGAGUGGGCGGCUUUAAGUCUGGACCUCGACGAAAUGCUAGGUCUCUAAUGUAUACAUUGCUUUAUGCUACUUUGUAGAAUAAUGUCAAGGCAACAUUUGGUUUUUACUUCAUUGCAGCAGCAUUGGUCCAAACGUGCAUGAGAUUUGGUCAUCAUAGACACAUCGUCAUCAUCUUUAUUUUAUAUAUUGAAUCCGUCCCUGGUAAGACGUUUGAAUAGUUGACGGUCCAAAGCCAUUUGUGUAGUUAGAAGUGCUUAUACAUGUUCACAUGGAUAAUGUGAAAGGAGCUCGGUCUUUUUUUCUCAUCAUAAUGUGAGUUUCAGAUGGGUUUAAAGGGUUUCCCUCUGCAGUUCCACCGACUGGAAUGAAUAGAUGCUCGCACUUUAUUAUGUUCCAUUCUCAGCCACAUAUAAAGUGUUUGA